AUGGAGUUAUUUAUUAUGACUUGCACAUACGUUUACAUUGUGUGCCAGCAGGAUUUUCUCGAUUUUAGCGCCACGGUUAGUGGCUGCGAGUUAGCUAUCAAAUGCAAGUCUUUUUCAUAUUCCUCUGCGGAUGACGCUCCGCUUCCUCCGGAUUUCACCAAACCGAAGAAGGUCUCUCCGACGCCUGUAGAUGACGCACCCUUGCCACCCGAUUUCGUCUCGCAGAAGAAGCCCGUGCAAAAGGCCGAGGAUGCUCCUCUGCCUCCAGACUUUAUCGCCCCGAAGAAAUCUGUUCCUGUAACAGAUGAUGCUCCUCUGCCUCCAGACUUUAUCGCCCCGAAGAAGUCUGCUCCGGUAACGGAUGAUGCUCCUCUACCACCUGAUUUCGUGGCUGCAAAGAAGUCUCUACCCGAAGCCGAUGAUGCGCCCCUUCCUCCGGAUUUCCUCACCAAGCCCCCGAAGCACGAGGCCGUGCCAGAAGAUGCGCCUCUCCCGCCAGACUUCACUGCAAAGCCAAAGGCCGAACCUUACGAGGAAGCGGUGCCCGUGCCUGAUGACUCUGACGAAGCCGGCAUCUCUGAAGUUGACUCUGAUGAAGCUGGCCUCUCUGAAGCUGAGUCUGAAGAAGCUGAGUCUGAGGAAGCCGACGGGUCAGAUUUCAAUGAUAGUGGCGAGGAAAUUACCCACGACGAGGCUACUACUGUCAAGCCCGAGCCAUCGGCCCAGAGUUCGUUUGUCUCUGAGCAGAGCUCUACGGGAGGAUUCUUCAGUAGCCCUGCUCCAAAGACGGAGAAGAAAGGCCACCAUCCUCGGCAGCUCUUUGGAGAAAUAUCUAAGCAGCCGGUUCUUCGUCCCCCGGGUCCCGUUCCCCGAGGCAACCGCGAGCCUUAUCGGUCACCCAGUCCGGUUCGUGCACAGCGAAAGGGUGUGUUGGCUACAAAGGCUCAUGGCCGCAAGGGUUCUGCAAGCGCGUUGCAUUCGCGCAAGGCGUCCCUUACCGAAAUCGCCAAGAGAGAUGGCCGCUUGAGGAAGGCUAGCGAUGUGGACCGUGAGGAGCAAGAGAGACAAGCACGGGCACAUGCAGAGGCUCAGCUACAAGAAGAAGAUGUCCUGUCCCUGCCAGACGAGGGCGAUGACGAUAGACUUCGUGAUGAAUUGGCUCAGCCGGUCGAGCCUGUUGAUACCCUAGACCCAUUCUUGCCACACCAGAACUACAUGGGUGAGGCUGCGAAGCCCGGAAUUGCGGGUCAAAUUGAGCGGAUCUAUCGUGACAUUAACUCCAUGGUUGACACGCUGGGAAUCAAUGCUAGGUCAUUGGUGGGAUUCCUUAUGCACGAGCAACUCAACAAGCAGGGCUCCGAUGUUGAUGAGUGGGUGAUGGUUCUCACAGGCGAUCAGCCCGCCGAUAUCCUCGACAAGAAGAUGUCUCUGAAGAACAUUGAGAAUUUCGACAGCGUGGUUGAUUCACUGGCCCAACUAUUGGAUAGCCAGCGUGUCCAGGGUGUCGAAGAAAAGUUGAACGAAUGCCGUGACCUGCUCAUGAAACGAAUUGUCACCCUACGAGGCCAGUUCGCCAGCAUUCGCAAGACUCUCGACGCUCACACAGACACCGGGGCUAUCCUCGAAGCACCACUCUCUGCCGAGCAAAGUGCUCUCCAGCAUGAUCUGCGCACGACCUUUACAGACCUCCAGGCCAAAACCGCCGCCCUGGAACAAGGUGUGUCCCUCCUGCGCGCCAAGAUCGCGGACAUCCCGCAGGCGAACGGAUCAGUCCGAAAUCGCCCAACUGUUGAAGCCGUCACUAAGACCAUUGCUACUAUGACGAGCAUGGCCGAGGGCAAGAGCACCGAUAUCGACGUCCUCGAGUCGCAGAUGCGCAGGCUCGGCAUCGACAUCGCUAUCGCCGGACCCCCGAGUCGCGAAGGCUCACCCUUUACCACUCCUCGCAAGAACCUCGUCGGUCGUAUCCCCAUCACCCCUGGCUCACGCGGCUCGGUUGACGGCAGCGCCUACCACACCCCUGAGUCCGCCUCGCGUGGCAUCAACUUCCGUUCCAGCGUCAACGGCUGGGUCCGCCACAGUCGUCUCCGCGACGUGGAGGGUCCUGGUGAGCUUGCUGUGCCUCAGGAAGACGCUAGCCAGUACCAGGCGAAGCGCACGCGUCGUCAGCACCUGAAUGUCUGCUUGAAGAAGGUGUUCGAGGAUAAGUCUAACAAGGUGCGCGACGCUGAUGACUGGUAG